AUGGUGCCCGCGGCCCCAGUGCUCUUCUGCCUCCUGCUCCUCGCCCUGGAGCUGCGGCCCCGGGGGGAGGCGGCCGAGGGCCCGGCGGCCGGCGGGGAGCGCGGGACCCAGGCGUCCGAGGAGCCGGAGGGCUGCCCCGUGUGCGUGUGGCGCCAGCACAGCAAGGAGCUGAGGCUGGAGAGCAUCAAGUCGCAGAUCCUGAGCAAACUGAGGCUCAAGGAAGCGCCCAACAUCAGCCGCGAGGUAGUGAAGCAGCUCCUGCCCAAGGCGCCCCCCCUGCAGGAGAUACUGGACCUACACGACUUCCAAGGCGACGCGCUGCAGCCCGAGGACUUCCUGGAGGAGGACGAGUACCACGCCACCACCGAGACCGUCAUCAGCAUGGCCCAGGAAACGGACCCUGCCGUGCAGACAGAUGGCAGCCCCCAUUGUUGCCACUUCCACUUCAGCCCCAAAGUGAUGUUCACAAAGGUGCUGAAGGCCCAGCUGUGGGUGUACUUGAGGCCAGUACCUCGUCCUGCCACCGUCUACCUGCAAAUCCUUCGUCUCAAGCCCCUCAGUGGGGAAGGAACUGCAGGGGGUGGAGGGGGAAGUGGGGGGGGUGGCCGGCGCCACAUCCGGAUCCGAUCCCUCAAGAUCGAGUUACAUUCAAGAUCGGGCCACUGGCAGAGCAUCGACUUCAAGCAGGUGCUGCACAGUUGGUUCCGCCAACCACAAAGUAACUGGGGCAUUGAGAUCAACGCUUUCGAUCCCAGUGGCACUGACCUGGCUGUUACCUCCCUGGGGCCAGGGGCUGAAGGGCUGCACCCAUUUAUGGAGCUUCAUGUGCUGGAGAACACAAAACGGUCCAGGCGGAAUCUGGGCCUCGACUGUGAUGAGCAUUCGAGUGAGUCCCGGUGUUGCCGAUACCCACUUACCGUGGACUUUGAGGCCUUCGGCUGGGACUGGAUCAUCGCACCCAAACGCUACAAGGCCAACUACUGUUCUGGCCAGUGCGAGUAUAUGUUCAUGCAGAAGUACCCACAUACCCACCUGGUGCAGCAGGCUAAUCCCCGAGGCUCAGCUGGGCCCUGUUGUACUCCCACCAAGAUGUCCCCCAUCAACAUGCUUUAUUUUAACGAUAAGCAGCAGAUUAUCUACGGCAAGAUCCCCGGCAUGGUGGUGGAUCGCUGUGGCUGCUCUUAAGGUGGGGGAUGAGAGGACCCUCUCCCCCACAAACCCCACCCUGGAUCCCCAGCCCUGACCCUUCCCCGGACCCAGGCCCUAGAGCUCCCCCCCCAACCCCUCUUAAACAAAAUGUCCUAUUCCCCAUCCCUCCCCAAGCAGUGUGCAAUACAGCAGAGGAAGAUAGGGGAUAGAGACAAGAGGGGUGAGGGACUUGUGGGGGAAAAGGCAAUGGGCAAGUCAGGGAGUGUUUGGGAUUCUGCAGGUGAGGGUGUGUGGAAAGAAGAUAUAGAGGGAGAGAGUGAAGUAGAGAGAGAUAGAGACAGGCAGAAGGAUGACAGGGAUAGAAAAGUGUGAGCAGGAACAAAGGGAUACAAGAGGCAGAAAAGAGAGACUAGGCAGAGAUGAAAUCAAGUGAAAAUAUAGGGACAGCUAGGGAUGGAGAGUGAGCCUCAUACCGUCUUUUUUCCUUUGGGUCUGGUGUAAUAUAGGACAUUCUAUCCAUGCACCAUGGCCUGGAGAAGAGGAAAGAGGUUUUCAACACAGGCCCAGAUCUCCCAUCUUCCCACAGUGGACAGGGGAAAGGGGGGUAGGAGUUGGGGAUGGCAAAGAGUGGGAAGGAUUUUGACAUUUUAUUUAUUUAUUUAUUGUAAUUUUUCUUUUCAUUUCUGGUGUUUGGCUUUACGUAGAAAGAGAUUUUGAGAUUCCCCCUCCCCCUCUUCCACUGUGCCCUAUUUACUUCUUAAACCAUGGAACCCUGCUAUAUACCCCAAUACCCACCCACUCAAGCACUUGUAUAAAAACAUCAGGGGUUGGGAAUUAGGGGCAGAGGGAGUCUGAAUUCCCCACACAGCUCACUUUCAAGUUUAAUUGGAGAGUCAAGCGGUCCUAGGCUGUAAGACCCAGAAAGGGGAAUUAGGGGCUAAGGGGAGGGGAGGAACUAGCAAAGCCCCAAAAUAUCCAAGUUCAGUUAGGACAGCAAAUGACUCCAAGAUCUACCCUUUCCCUGUUAGUGAUAUAACUAGAAGGCAAUGACUGGUCAGUGUGCACAAAUGCCCCCAAGCUAAGAGAGACCAAAGAGCCUGUGGUAUCCCUCUUCCCCUAGUCAUUUUCAGGUCAGUAAAAGGGCCAUAGCUUGAAACUAGAGGGGCCCCCCUGAGUCCCAGGGUUCUUGAGGGAGAGAAAACAGGAGCUAUAGUAGUUGGGGGAGUGAGGGACUAGGGGAGGGGGAGGGGGGAGGGUUAGUGGUGAUUCUUACAGAAAGUUUUGAAGGGUUUAAAUAAAAAUGACCACCCUGGGCUGGGAAUUGGUGAUCAAGGGAAGGAGGAAUUAUGGAGAGAGAAGUUUAUUCCAAGCCCCACAAGCUCAGGGCAAACAGGGAAGGGGAAGACAUGAAAGUGGUGUCUGUUACUCUAAUUAUGAUUUUUAUCUUUUUUUUUGGAAGUCAGUAAGUAAUACCUGGCAGCAAGGAGUGGACACAUCAGAAAGUGUGUGUGGUGGGGAUGGAGCAUGACAACAGAUUAGUUAUAGCAGAGUAGGGGGAGAUGGGUUCCAAGAGCAAACCAUUCUCCUGUCCCCCUCCCCCAAUUCCCAAUCCCUAACUCUGCACUUCUCUCCCACCUAUACUUCUUCUCUCCCCUUCCCCCCUCCCACCCCCCAUGCCUCAGUUCCCGCUUCUUGGUGGAACAGAAGCAGCAAGCAGCUGAAGCAAAGAGACGAAUCCUGAGCACUUACCACGGGCACUUUACGGACAUGAAAUACCUCUCGAUAUUUUGGGGAGCAAGCGGGGGGGCCAGGGCAGAUGAUGAAGGGAUGUUGAGGGCUUCAGGGAGUUUUACAGUCUGGUGAAUUGUGAAGUGUAUAGUAGGGGAAGGCUUCACAAAACAGGGCCCUCAACAAAGAGUUGAGGGAAUUCUCCAGGUUAUGGGUUCUUCAUAUACUACUGCCUCCACUGGUUCAUUUUUCAUCUAGGAUCCCUGGGACCCUCUUGAGUCCUGUAGGCAGCUAGAGAGAUAUGAAGGGACAAGCCCCUGUAGGCAAAGCUCAGAGUGGUCACUGUUAUGACCAGGGGCCUUGUUUGGGGAUAAGAUUGGGCCAAGGUCAAAGGCACCAGACAUUGUUGUUGGGAAGUUUACUCUGAAGGCCCCAAUUCUAGCCUGCCCUGAAGUGGGUGCAGGACCUGGCCAAAGGAACUUGACUAUCUUUCCCUGGUGAGGGGAUGAUGGGGGCCUCAGUAUUCUUUUUCCCAUUCUCAGGAGGAGAGAAGGUAUUUUGGGAGAGGGGUGAUGUUUUCAUCCCACCUCCUAAUCUUGGCAGGUUCCCCAGUCUCUCCUCUUCAGCCCUGUUCUUUACGAUUCUUACCACCCCAAUCCAAGAAAAACUAUGUACAUAUCACCACCACUCCACAUCCCUGGUGGGGAGGGAGGCGAGAACCAGAGAGGUCAAGAUCAGAAGAUGACUCCUCCAGAAUCAAACACUUGAUCUCAGGCCCAUGGGCCAGGCCAAGGGUAGGGGCAUCAUUUGACCUCCCAUACAGGUUGUAAGGGAGACUAGAGCCUUGAACUUGGGGGGAUACUUAGAAGACACCCCCAUUCCUACCAAAUAAAGACCUUGGGGGAUAUAAGGCUCUUUUUCUUUUGGACAUGAACUUAUUGAGUCUCAAUCCCCUGUCACCCCAAAGAGGUUAUUAGAGACAGGGCUCAGAGACACAGAAGGAUCUAGGGAAUGUUUCCUUGCGUCAAGUGUAUGGACCAAUCCAGUGCCCCCUCUGACCUCAUAAUUAUUAUUCUUUACUUCUGUGUAUAUGUCACACUGUGUACGUGAACCACUUUGUUUCUGUACUGGUCAUCUGAGAAGGCUGGGGGUAGCGAGGGAGAUGGGAUGUCAGGGGGCACAGGGAGGCCUCAAAAGAAUUACAGAGGACUUCUUUACCAAGACAGUUUCCCAAAGGAUGCACGGAAAUGAAGAUAUGGGGCAGUUUCUGAGUUAUGUGACAUAGGACAGAGAUAGCCAUCGGCCCUUUUUGGGGUUUUUCAAAAUGAUUUUUUGGAGUUUGGUGGUGGUCACAUGACCCAAUCUAGCACUUGAACCUGAAAGAAAAAUAAUAAAGUCAAAGAGUUUAGCACUGAGCUCUCCUCCUCCUAUAGCCAAACUCAUAGGAUUUAGAGCUAGAAGGGACCUUAAAAGAUUCUCUCACCCCCUGAGGGGUGAGGAAAAGGCUCCUAGAAGUGAAAUGUGACUUACACAUUGUGGUCACACAUAAUUACAUAAGCAGCAGAAGUAAUAUGCUACCUAUCCGAUUGCAUGGUACCCACUGCUGAUACAAGGGCACCCUUCUCAAUCCACUUGAUACUAUGGAAACCAGGAAAAGGGCCAGAAGGAGAUGACAGAAGCAAGCCCCGAGUUAAGGCUUACAAGAAGAGUCCUAUGGAAGACACAACAGUCACUCCCUGCCUCCAAAGAAGGCACAUUGAGGGGAAAUAGAUUAAUUCCCUGGUAAAGGAAGGGACAUUUAAGAGGGUCCAAAGUAAUUCAACUUAGAUGAAAACAAUCCUCCUAGAAUAACCCUAGGAGGAGCAGAAUAAUCUCCUAAGAGGUUGAAUUAGAAGAUUCCCCAAGGUCCUUUCCAACUCUCAAAUCCUAUCAUUUCAACCACAGCCUUUCUCUGCCUCCCCUUCUCCCUGAAGCUUCUUCUCCCUUGCCAAAGUCAUAAAUAAAACCAAUGUGACCAUUUGGUCAACCCGUUGGUUGCUAGGCAACCAACCAUUUCAUCCCCACCCACACCCCCAAGGGUCUCCUCGAGUCCAAACCCUGCAAUUUCCCCGUCUCCAGACUACAGAUUCUCAGGCUGGGUUGGUUAUGGGGUUGGUCAGGAUCGGGGUUGGGGUAGAGAUAUCUAUGCUUCAGAGACUUAGAGAAACUUCUUCCAGACCGUUUAAAGUUGUAAGGGAUCUUCGAGGUCACUAAGUCCAACUCCCUCAUUUUACAGAUGAGGGCCUCAUUUAUGUUCUUAUAGUGUCUUGAGAUUUGUCAAAUACUUUACAUAUUAUCUCAAUUAAAUCCCACGAGAACCCGGUCAGGUAGGGGUGGUUAUCCCCACUUUACAGACAAAAUAGGCUGACAUAUUAUAUUCACACAGCUAAGAAGUGCCUGAGGCAAGAUUCAAACUCUCGGGUCUUCCUGACUCCAAGUGCAUGAUUUGAUUCACUAAGCCACUUCUAUCUCAGAUGAUCAAACAGAGGCCAGUGGGGUCCAAAGAUCUUGGAUGUAAACCUUGAAAGGGACCUCAGACCAGAGAUAAGGCCCUCACAUCAUAGAUAAAGAAUAUAUUGAUUGAUGCUGUCAUUGAAAACAUGAAUAUCUCUUUCUAAAGUCGGUGUGUUUAGAUGCCUCUGAGAUGUUUUCAGGGACUGGAAAACCAGUCCAUACCCAUUAUGCCAAUUAUGAUAGAGCUGCCUAGCUCUGCCCUGGACCUAAAUGCCACCAUGACAACUGAGGCAAGGGCAAAGAGAAUAAGUUGUACUGCCCCCCCAUCCACUCACUCCCUCGUACACAGAAAUGUCUCCAAACACUCUUGGUUUUGACCUAAGCUAAAAAUAUUCUACCCCUUUUCAUGUGGUUCCUAUACUCCCUACACUACCUGGAAUUGGGGAAAGAGGACCUUCAUAACACAAACCAGCAAUUUCUGAAGUGGGAUAUAGCAUCCAGGCCCUAUCCCCCCACUUUUCGGCCAGUUCAUGCUUCUUCACUCCUAUUAUCUAAUCCUUGAGUGUGGGGACAGAAAAGCUAGUCGUUCCCUAAGCCCCAGUGAAGUAGUAGGGGGGCUAAGCAGGGCCAGCUGGUUGAGGCAUUUAUAGCUUCCUGUUCCUGUGAGGUGGAAACUGAGGUAGAGUGCCCCAGGCCCUGACACUCAGGAAAGUGGAAGGAGGAAUUAGCUACCUCUCCCAUGCCCCACCCCAUCCUGCCUAACAUGGACAAUCCUAGCUGGGAUCUGUGCAGUUUAGGAAGUAAACUAUGCAUUACUUGUGUGAUUUCCAUAUCAACA